CCGGGCCGGGGGCGGGGCGGGCCGCGAGCGAGAGGGGCGCGCGGGUGACAGGUGCGGGGGCACGAGGGCCAGGUCUGAGCCCUGAGGGGAGAAGACACUGUGGCAGCGAUGCUGGAGACCUUGCGCGAGCGGCUGCUGAGCGUGCAGCAGGAUUUCACCUCCGGGCUGAAGACUUUAAGUGACAAGUCAAGAGAAGCUAAAGUAAAAAGCAAACCAAGGACUGUUUCAUGUUUGCCAAAGUACUCUGCUGGACUAGAAUUACUUAGCAGGUAUGAAGAUACAUGGGCUGCACUUCACAGGAGAGCAAAGGAAUGUGCAGGUGCUGGAGAGCAGGUGGAUAGCAAGGUGGUUAUGCUGUCAGCACACUGGGAAAAAAAGAAGACGAGCCUGAUAGACUUACAGGAGCAGCUUCAGCAGCUUCCGGGUUUAAUAGCAGACUUAGGAUCCGUCACAGCAAAUCUGACUCAUUUAGAGGCUAGUUUUGAGGAGAUAGAAAACCACCUGCUGAACCUGGAGGAUUUGUGUGCACAGUGUGAAUUAGAAAGAUACAAACACAUGCAGUCCCAACAACUGGAAAAUUACAAGAAAAAUAAGAGGAAGGAACUUGAAACCUUCAAAGCUGAACUAGAUGCAGAGCACACCCAGAAGGUUCUGGAAAUGGAGCACACCCAGCAAAUGAAGCUGAAGGAACGGCAGAAGUUUUUCGAGGAAGCCUUCCAGCAGGACAUGGAGCAGUACCUCUCCACAGGCUACCUGCAGAUAGCAGAGAGGCGAGAGCCCAUGGGCAGCAUGUCGUCCAUGGAGGUCAACAUCGACAUGCUGGAACAGAUGGACCUGAUGGACGUAUCUGACCAGGAGGCCCUCGAUGUCUUUUUGAAUUCAGGUGGAGAAGAGAACGCUGUGCUGUCCCCUGUCGCAGGGCCUGAAUCAAGUAUUGGUCAGAAUGAAAUUACUCUUCAGGUUCCAAAUCCCUCUGAAUUACGAGCCAAGUCUCCUUCCGUAUCCUCUGCCUGCACUGACCCAGCCACCCAGGACCCCAGUGAAGGUGGGGGGUCCCCCAUUGUUCAGUCUGACGAGGAAGGAGUUGAGGUGGACACUGCUCUCGCCACUUUACACACAGACGACAGUGAUUCCUAAACCUGGGCACGCCCGUUUUCUGACCACCUCUGAAGGCAGACCCAGCUGUGUGCAGAAUCCCACUGUGAAGGCAGGUGGUUUGACGGAGGCUCUUGAUUUUCACACAAUUGCCAAUAAUUUGUGAGAAACUGAAAUAACAGCUAACAAUAAAAGUUUGAGGACUUUAAA